AGUUGAUGGACAACGACGAGGGUUUAGACGAUUGGGAAUCGGAAUUCAUCGAUGAGCUCAUCCAAGUUGAAGAGCGCCUCGUCUCCCAAUCUCAGCCUCCUCCGCCGCCGCCGUCUCCGAUGAUUACCUACUCGCCUCCGCGCCACCUCUCCCAGCUCUCCAACGCCGUCUCCUCCUCCUCCGCGCUGCCGCCGCGCGUUCGGAGCUCUGAAACUGGGCGACUGAAGAUGGCUGCUUCUUCUUCGGCAGUGCCUCGCUUUGGACCCUCUAGUUGUGAUAAGGACCGCCAAAUUGGGCGCUUGAAGAACGAGCUUGGUCAUGUCUUGAAGCGGCUUUCAGAUUAUGAACAAGAAUGCUCCGAAUUAAAGAAGGAAAGAGACAAAAAAGAUGAACAGCUUCAGUUUGCACUCUCUAGGAAUGAAAAGAACGAUGGCGCUGAGAGGAACUCUGAUUGUCCAAAUAUGGAAUCUUCUGCACAAUUACAUGUGGCAAGAUGUUCCAAUCAUCACCCUAGCUCUCGGGAUCAUAUUGGUGUGUCCACCACUAAAGACACAGGUGUUCAAACUAAUGUAACCACUCCUUCUUCUCAACCAAUACAAAAUGAUGACCAGCACAUUUCUGAUAACCUCUCCAAGAAAUUGCUUGCUAUCUGCGGAUCUCCAAAUGAACAAGAGUUGGGGAAAAAUGUCAUUUCCAAUUUGCUUAUAGCAUGCCAAACAGAUUUUCAUUCUCUUUCUGGGUGCAUUGGCAUGAAUAUAUCCUCCAAACUGAGAAUGGACUCUGCAGGAGAUAAAAGCUCUUGUAUUGUAGCUUUACAGAAUGUGCACGUAUCUCGUAACCCAGAAGUUGCAAAAGUAUCUCAUCUUUAUUCAGUCUUGUCCGAGGUCAAUAAUGGAAUGGUAAAGUUGGAUGCUCUGUUUGAACCACUAGUCGACCUCUGCAGUUUUAACAAUGUUGUCAUUGUCCAGGCAUCUCUACAUAUACUACAUGUGUUUCUUAAGCACAUUCUAAGUUUAGAAAGACCAGUAGAAGGAAGGGUCAAUGUCAUUGUCGAGGGAUUCGUAAGGAGUCCGACAGCUUAUAUGGACUCUCUUCCGUUUGGAAUGGAUUUUUAUGCUGAAACUGAAAGCAAGAGAGGGAAUUGGAAUAAUGGAGUUGCAGAUCUGGUUUCUUGCAUAGACUGGGGUUUGCUUUUUGAGUUGAUCGUACAAACUGCCACAAGGAAUACAGAACACUGCAUAAGGCUACAAGCAGUCUCCAUUAUGAAUGUCAUUGUAAUGAAAAGUAAUGCCUUUAUGGAGAGGGAAAAGUUUGGCCAGACACUGGUGUUUGAAAUGAUCGCAAAAUUGCUUGCAAAGGAAACUGGUUUUGAGGUGCGAAGACAAGCAGUGCAUCUUCUGUAUAUGCUACUGAAUUGUCCUAAAAUACUGGUCAAAUUCUGUACCAGUUAUGAAGAGAAGGAUGCUGGUGCUAUGGAUGAAGAUGCUAGUGCUUUGACUUUUCAAAAGUACCGUAUGAUAUUUCAAGGAUUGGCAGACUGUCUAGCUUACCGUGGACACUGUCUAGAGGAGUUGACACUUUGCCGAAAUGUUGUUCUUCUAUUGGCCUUCCUAGCUUCAUCUGGAAAAUCUGGCUUUGAAAUACUUGCGAGUCACAAGCUGCGUCAAGAUGCAAAUUUUCUAAUUUUAAUAUUACAAGUUCUGGCAGCACAAGUAGACGAGACAGCAGUUAAUACUAAGCAACAACAACAGCUUUAUAAAGAAAGGACAUUGCUGAUACGGGAGGCUCUGAUAUUGCUCAACAGAUUGGUGUCAAACCCUUCAUAUUCUGCAACUGUCUUGCAUGUAUUGUUAACAGAUAGCAGAGACAUGGCCAGCUUAGCCAUUAAUGUUGCGAGUAGGUUGUCCUGGAAAGACCAAGUAUAUGAGAAGUUUGAUAGCAGGCCGGAAUCUGAUAUUGGUGACCUAGCUAGAGUCUUUAAGAAAAGGGUGUUCUCAUAUUUAGGUGAUAACAUAUCCUGAAGCUGUUUUUGCACUUAUAGUACACACAUUUUUGUAAAUUCCUAGGUCUCAACAGUGUACAUGUUGCCACCAGAGCUGUGUUGUGCAGUGCAAAACUCUUAGAAUGAGCCUUGUAGCCGGAAAUUUUGUAAUGUGCCGGCGCCAGUUGCUAAGCUGGAAAGUUUUGUCAAGUCUUGGUCAUUGUAUGAUGGAAUUGUUGUAUUGAUCA